AUGUCUAGCUAUCUUAUCAAUUCGCAUCUACCUUAUGUAAUCUCACUCACUGAGGAACAUUGGUUUAUCCUCCGCCGUGGACGCGGGUCCCAUCGGCUGCCGUUGUCCCGUCCCAGUGACGCACGUUCCGCCCGUCUCUCCCUCUCCCUGUCACACUCAACUCUCACAACCGCCCCCGAUCUACCACCAUUGCGAUCCGACGUUGUAUUUCCGUGCGUGGUGCAAACUCUAUGCGGCCCGGGUGUUACAGUUGAAAUCCCAUCUACCGCGAAUAGCCUUACCGACGACAACAUGCGUUUCCGGAAUGCACAUGUUCGACUUCUGCGCGAAUACAACCUCGCCGCCAACAUCACAUCAGCUCGAGACGGCCAGCGACACAUGCCUUCGACGACAACGAUCAAGAUGGAGGGCAAAACAUAG